AUGGCCGCCGCUAUAGCCCGAUCAAUCCUGUCCGUCCGAUCAAUCGGUGCCACAGCUUCUCUUCUCCUCCAGAAACGCCUCUUCUCUUUCUCUAUUUCCAAAACCGGUUACGUCCGCCCCGGAACAGGGCCCGUUUAUUCCACCCGCUUUGUCGCACCAGCUGCCUUAUCCCACUCCCUGCAGGUUACUUCUCCUAACUUGACCCGGUACAACACUGUCAGAUGCCGAGUCAAUCGGUCCGGCUCUUCUUACUCGCCGCUGAACUCGGGGUCGAACUUCGGUGACCGCCCACCCACGGAAAUGGCCCCGCUUUUCCCCGGAUGUGAUUAUGAACACUGGCUUAUUGUCAUGGAUAAGCCUGGUGGUGAAGGGGCGACUAAGCAGCAGAUGAUUGAUUGUUAUAUUCAAACGCUUACUAAAGUUGUUGGAAGUGAGGAGGAGGCUAAAAAGAAGAUAUAUAAUGUGUCAUGUGAGAGGUACUUUGGAUUUGGAUGUGAGAUUGAUGAGGAGACCUCAAACAAGCUUGAAGGAUUACCUGGUGUUCUGUUUGUUCUUCCGGAUUCUUAUGUUGAUGCUGAGAAUAAGGACUAUGGAGCUGAGCUGUUCGUGAAUGGAGAGAUAGUUCAAAGGUCACCUGAAAGACAGAGGAGAGUGGAGCCUGUGCCUCAGAGAGCUCAAGACAGACCAAGAUACAACGACCGUACUCGUUAUGUGAGGCGCCGUGAAAAUGCGAGUCAGAGCAGAUCCUUAGCGGUAUCUCCUUGGGUUUAG